AUGUUGACUGAGCGCUGCAACCGUCGCCGAUCAGUUGACGAUCGACUCAUCCAGACUUCCUGUGUUUGCAUAUCGACUACGGUGACUAAAAAUUACUGUACCUACUACACAGCCGAACGAUGGGUACCAGGAAGGCAGCAGAAGAUUUUUGACUGUCAAAAGGUCAAUGGGGCUAUGGCAUCCUCAUCCUUCUCCUCAGUAUACUGGGGAUGUGGAAGCAAAAAGGUACACAUUCUUGGUGAAUUAGCAUUAAUUUUAGCAAUCGCCGACAUUGACGUGCAUUCUUUCCCCAGUCAUUCGGUGCAGUUCCGCAAUCCUGGUCUGCUCAGAUGGUGUCCUCAUCAAGUGUUCGUCUCAGCAACGGCUUUGAAGCGUGAGCGGCUUCCUUUAGCGGAUCUCGAAUUGCCGUCAUUGCGCAACAGCGAACGUACCUUACCGUCAGGAAUCAAGUGCAGCGCCUGUGCUGAGGUCAUCUUUCCCGGAAAGGCAUUGCUUUUCCACUCGUCAUCUCUACGUGCUCUAGCUGUUCGCGAAAUCCCGCAGUCAUUAGACGUUUUCGUUGGUUCACAAAUUGCUGGUUACCGCAAUGAUCGGAACACGGUUGACCUUACAUUGUUCUGGCUGAGCCGAACAAGCAAAAACGUCGACAUUAUCGAAGCGAGACAAUUGCAGCGCCACACUGCAUAUGGUAAGCGCACCGCUAUUCGUGCUCGGAUAAAUGGACGUGGGAAGCUGGGAGCUGGUUCGAUUUGGACACAAUUUUUUCCUAGAAUGUGUCAUCAGGGCGAAUGA